CACACAUCCUGGAAGCGGAGGUUGCUUGCAUGAGAGGAGUAGUCGGUUUUACGAGCAGCUGCAGCUUUCCCUUCAAUUGCUUCUCUCACUCUUAAAAAAAUAAAGCAAACCCCACAAUCAAAAUCUACCAAUCCAAUCAAGCAAGCAGCUAAGAGCAAACAACUCGAUCGAGACUUCUGCAUCGGAACAAAAAACCGCAAUCCGUAUUUGAUCCGCUGAAGCUGUGGAGCUUGGGGUAGGGUUUAGGGUUUAUCUGGAAGCAGAAGUGGAAGCUUUGGAACCAUGGACAGAUAUCACAGAGUGGAGAAGCCUCGCCCCGAUGUCCCCAUUAUGGAUAACGAGAUUCGUAUAACUACCCAGGGGAUGCCUAGGAACUAUAUUACAUAUGCAACAACUCUACUCAGAGAGAGAGGCGCAUCUGAAGUUGUUUUGAAGGCAAUGGGAAAAGCAAUUAGUAAGACAGUAACAAUUGCAGAAAUUAUAAAGAGGAGGAUUCCCAAUCUUCACCAGAACACAACGAUUAGCUCUGCUCCUAUAACAUAUAUGUGGGAACCUCUUGAAGAAGGUCUUUUACCGUUGGAAACAACAAGGCAUGUAUCCAUGAUAACAAUCACUUUGUCCACAAUACAACUUGACACAUCAUCUGCAGGUUAUCAACCACCACUGCCGGCUGAUCAAGUCAAGCCUCUACCUGAAUACGAAUACGAGGGAGAGGAUUCUCUUCAAGAUGUGAAAGGCAAAGGUCGUGCACGUGGGAGGGGGACUGGCAGAGGAGGAAAUGCUGCCUCCGGAAACUAUCAGAAUGGUGACACUGGAGCCUAUCAUGAGUCUCCAGAUAAUGGAUGGAAUCAAGGCCGUGGACGUUUUCGUGGCCGUGGUAGAGGUCGAAGUUUCCCUGGUCGUGGUAGAGGCUUUUAUGGUGGUGCAGUGCAAGAUAAUAACUAUAAUGAUUUUGGCAUGGGUGGUGGCGAUCUCCCCCCUCGAGGUCAAGGACGUGGUAGGGGCAGAUCCAGUGGCAAUGCACAAUAUGGCAAUGGACAAUAUGGCAAUGGUAAUUUUAAUGACAAUGGUAUGGGCACUAUGGACUUCGCUCCACGAGGCAGGGGAGGCCGUGGCAGGGGCAGGUUUGGUGAUGAUGGUAAUUAUAAUGACAAUAGCUUUCGUAGAGGCCAAGGUCGUGGUCGAGGUAGAUUUGGUGGUAAUGCUCAAGACGGUGGUUAUUAUAACGACUAUGGGAUGGCUGGAGGGGAAGUAGCUUCACGGGGCCGAGGGCGUGGCAGAGGCAGGGCACGAGGAAGGGGUGGCAGGAAUUAAUCCCCGUGGGCAGACCGAAUGAACUAUUUGCAAGGGAAAGUUGGAUAAUGUAGAACUGUGAUUUUGAUAGUUUGUGAAUUUCUGCUGAAGGGGCAGGCAAUUUCUUUUUUGCUGAAGCAGUUUCUACUGUAAUGAGAUUAAGGGACUGAUGUACAAGCUUGAAUGUGGAUAGAAUGUGGUUUUUAGGUUUCUUAUAUAAAGAGAAAUGUUUGUAUAUCUUGCUCGUUUGUAGCACUGUCGGGCCUCUGUGUCAAAUUAAGCAAGGUAUAUAUAUUUUUUCAUUUCCGACUCUUCAUUGUUGAAGUGGGUGUCCACCAUAUGGAAAAAAUUUCUAAGUUGUAAUUUUUUUUGCUAUAACAGAGCAUUAGGGCGGCAAAAUAUAUUUGACACAUUACCAUUUGAUUUA